AUGCAACUCAAGCACCUUUUCGUUUCACAGUUGGCCACUGCAGCUUGUAGAGCGGCGGUCGUUGAACCUCAUCCGCCUUGCGGCAACCCGGCCCCAAGCCGGGAGUAUCUUCAAAUUCUUGCCAAAGCUAAGGUUGCGGAAGUGUCAGUCCAUGACUCUACCAAUGUCAAGCGAGUGGCCAUGACUGUGAACACCUAUCUUCACAUCAUCGCAGCAGACAACACGCGCGCCGGCGGCGCCAUCGGUCAGCAUGUCAUUGACAACCAGAUGAACGUUUUGAACAGCAAUUUCGGCUCAACAGGCUACCAGUUUAGCUUGGAAGGUGUCGAUUACACCUACGACACUCUGUGGUCCGACAUUGUCUUGAACCGGGACUUGACCAAUCUCAAGUCCUCUCUCCGCAAGGGCAGCUACUCGGACCUCAACAUUUACUACUUCCGAAGCAUCAGUGCAAAAAAAGGAUUCCGCUUAACAGGGUACUGCAGCAACCCCGGCAACGGCAGCGAUAACAAGACUUUCUACAACGACGGCUGCAACCUGCACGUCGAGACCAUGCCCGGCGGAUCGUACUGGCCCUGGAACGAAGGAAAGAUCACAUCCCACGAGGUUGGACAUUGGUUUGGCCUGAUUCACCCCUGGGGCGUCAACGACGCCGGCGGCUGCUCCGGCGUUGGCGACCUCGUCGACGACACGCCGGCGCAGUACUCGGCCAACUACGGCUGCCAAGUCGGCUACGACAGCUGCCCGCUUUUGCCUGGCACCGACCCCAUUCACAACUUUAUGGGCUACAGCGACAACUCUUGCGUCAACGAAUUCACACAGGGUCAGAUUACCCGCAUGAACUACAUGUUUAACAAGUACCGUGGUUAG